AUGGCUGAACCGCACCUUGCACCGUCGGCGACCCUUGGCCUCUUCACUCCCUUCCACUUCUCCUCCAUCAACGAAAAAACCUCGUGUGCCGUCGUCGACGGUGGCCUGGUGAUAAACAAUUUGGUAGCAGUUGCCAUCAUGCACGUCCUCCACAACAAGCGCGAUUUUCUGUCGGUGAACAGUGUGGAGGAUCUCCUCGUCCUGUCCAUCGAAAACGAAGCUCAGGCGAAGAGAAUGAACAACACCGGCGAGUGCUCAACGUCGACGGUGGUUGACAUUGCGCUCGAAGGCGUUUUCGAGACCGUUGACCAGAUGCUAGAAAACGCCUUUUGUUGGAACCAUACUAUAAUGAGGAGAUUUGCCACGUCGUUCACCGAUGGGAAAUCACGCUUGUUGUUGAGGACGUGCGUGACGGAAGCUGUUGUUGAAUUGUUCAUCACCAAGCUACCGUCGACGGCGGCGCACGAGAUUUUUUCUGUCGACGGAGGAGAAGUGGAAGGGAGUGAAGGGACCAGGGGUCGUCGACAGUGCGAGGUGCGGUCCUGGCAACAAUAA